AUGCGUCCCGGUGAGCCCCCAGCACGGGCGCCGCCGGUGUUCCCCACUUUCCCAGCUCCACCGGGAAGUGGCAACAACCAAAUCCACAACAACGACAACGCAAAUGCAGCGCAAGGUGGUUAUCAGCACGCUAACAAUGGGCCCCCGUGGGCGGGGGGGCCUUCUACUGCUGCUGUGCCGCCUGUUUUUCUGCCAGAGGCACACACACGACGCGAGGAGUACGCCAACGAGGCUAUCCAGUCUACAGCGGAUCACUGGAUACAGGAGCAAGCACGCCGCGAGGCGGCGAAACAGGUGUCCGGGACAGAGGCCGGCGCUAUCCUCGAGGAGAUGUCAGGUCAUACAAGGGACGUACGCGACGCUCCACUAGAGUUUGUGACCGGACCUCCCAAGUACGUGUGGCGCGUGACGCUGUUGCUGGCGCUGGGUCUCUUUGGCGCCAUCCCACUCAUGUCUUCCUUCGCGUUGACUGUGCUGCUGACAGGGUGCAUAGUGACAUAUUUGGCGGAUUUUGCGGGAUACCGUCGUGGCAGCGUUUUGGCGAUCAUUGGCACUACCGCAUUGUUCGGGUUAUCAUUGUUUCUCUCCAAUUUGCACGCUUCAUUUUCGAGUGUGGGUCCGUUAUGUAUGGUUUUGAGCGUCUUGGGCCUGUUGAUUACUGCAGCCAUGGCAGCGUUCUUGCACUUUCACUGGAUGCAGGUUACAUUUCCGGAGCUCAUCUGUUUGAUGGAGCGUUGCGUACUCGGCGUGACACCACUGCUCUCACUGCCUUCUUUACUAUCCACUGUGACCGCCUUCGUUGGCUCACGGCAUGCGCCUGCUUGGUUCCUUGUGGGUAUGUGUGUGCUGCACUACUACUUUUAUGGGCCACUUGAAAGCAGCUUCGUCAUGCAGCGGCGUCGUGUGCGGGGGAACCGAACAUUAAGCGAAGGGAAAAGUGGUGACCCGGAUCGCGACAAUGACGAGACAGAGAUGGUGCCGUAUCGGGCCAACGAAAGGGCUGAGGCGAUUGUCUUCACGGUGUUGCUCUUAUUUCUCCCUGUGCUGCUCUACGUUUCGUUCCAAAGUGACUGGGCCACUGCAGCGAUACCCAACAUCCUCAACGCACUUGGCAUGUUGUGCGGACCCGUCGUUUACCUCUCCUGGAGUCCGCGGCGCAGCAUGUGGUUCCUGCUUCCGGAGAAGCAAACACUACAGGACCGUUUGGAGUGUGACCCUCUUGGCGUACAGGAUGCUGUCAGCACGCAUCGAAAGCCAUUUCUUUUUCUGAGUGUGGUGGUUGUCCUGCACUGGGCUAUCUACCGUCUGCUACAUUCCCGCUACAGGUUCCUCUUCAAUGGAGUGCCGCCACCGUUCAACGGUGUCUGCUUAGCGCUCGGCAUGUACGCAGGAAUUUACGCGGUGUACCAAAUCAAGGUACUACUCGAUGCAGAUGAGCGAGGUGAGAACAUACUGGAGUUCAAAUACAUGAAACGGCGAGCGUUUUUGGUUGGUGCAGCGGCUCUAUCGAGCGUGCUUGUGGCGAUAGCCGCAGGUCUUCCAGGCGCCUUCAUUAUCUUGUUAGUGCUCUGCGUCUCUUCAGUCAACUUUUUCCUGCUGGACCGCACCAACUCUGGCCCGAUGGUGUCAUUUACUGUUUUCUCGAGCCUCCUCCUUAUGUGGUGGAUGUACCGCAUGUUCUCUUUCAUUGUGGUUGACCUGCAUGUGUUGGGGGAGUCGACGACGGUGCCGACGCCUGUUGUGGCGAUGAGUGUGCUGUGGUGCUACAUGCUAAGCUGCAUCGCCUUCACAGUGUCCUUCUUGACGAACAAGACGCCGCUGCUCGUCACCCUUUUUGUUCACUCCCUGCAGGUGGCGUGGGUAGAGCACGUACUAUACUCGCAGAAGGAGGAGAGCGUCUACCCCGCCGCAUAUGUGCUGCUCACGAGUGUCGUCGGUGUCCUGUUGGCGUCGCGGUUGUACAAGAACGAGACGCUUAACAUCUCACAGGCCGCUCUCAUCGCAGCCUCGUACAUCGCGAAGCUGCUGACGUUUGUGGUGGAGGUGACCGGCUCUUACUAUCUUGCCGAUUCGGACGAGAGCAGUAACAAGCGAUACCACGCGGUGGAGAUCACCCUGGUGUGGUGGGCGGCACUCUUCGUCGGCUACGUCGUGGUGCUGUUCGAGCUGGAACGGGGGCGGCAGAUGCGCAGUAGCCACGCCAAGCGUCUCACGGCGCUCUUCAUUGUAGGAGCCGUGGGUAUAACGGCAUGCACGGCACGCAACUUCCAGCGGGCCGUGUACGAAGUUCUCACUCAGAGCCGUCUCGCGCAGGCGAGCAGCAUGCACGUGAUUUUUGGUAGCGCACUUGUGUUCUUCAGCGUCCUGACGUACCCGUUUUUCGCCCGAAACACAGUGCCGUUUGCCUUUCUGCACCACCUGAAGACACUGACGCGCGGAUCUCUUGCGGUGGGUGUCAUUCUUCUUAUCACACAACCCACACGAAUCACGGAGCACGAAAAUGUGUUUGAGUACGACUUCAUUGACGAAGAUUUCUGUAGAUACUGUUCCGCUGCGGGUAUGAUGUUGCUCGUUGCCGGCCGGCUUCUCCCAAUGAAGUCGCUGCACUUCAUACUGCGUGCCGUGUAUUGGUUCAUUACAACAGGAUGCCUUUCUGUCGGUCUCUCUAUGUACCUGCUACCGGUGCCCACGUUUUUCCUCAUUUGCGGUGUCUGCGGCUUUGUGUACUUUACGCUUCUCUCCAUCGACAUCGCGCACUAUCGCAAGAUGUCCUCCAAUGAGGGGUGGAUCGUCUACGGCAUCUCUGUCUGCUUCAUGGUUUUCACGCUGGUAGUGUUGGGCCGCGUGGAUGUGCGUGAGUACGCGUCAGGCAACCCACUGCUUAUGUGGGAGAUCUACACAAUGGGGCGGAAACGGUUGCUCUCGGUGACUAGUGUCACAAGCCUGUUCACUGCCAUCGUGUUGAAGUUCAGGCUGAGCGGAAAGGCGCUGCUGCCCGGUGCACUGCCGCUCACGCAAGAAGUUCAGGAACAGGCGGGACUCAUGGUGAACUACGCGACAAUCCUCGCCGUCACCGCCUUGACGACGCUCAAUGUGUGGUGUGGCGGGAAUGAGCCUGGACUACAUGUGACGACUUCCCUCUUUCUUCUUCUGCUGGUAGAUGAUGGUGUGCUUUUUUCUGAACUGGGACGAGGGCAUUUCCGCUACUUCCCGUCUCUCGCCUACGUGGUCGGCAUUCUCUGGUUGUGCUUGCUGUACGACGCGUACGCCUCUGGUCUGACGGUGUUGGGUGGCUACCUGCAAGCCAUGUGGAGCAUUAUCUGCGCGGCGCCUGUGCUUCCGUCACACGUCUCACUUCUCCUGCUUCUAUGGUUUGGUAGAAAGCGUGGGGGUACGCCGCUUUCUGGUGUCCUUGUCUUUGUCGCCCUCGACGUGCUCUGCCUGCUGCUCUCCACCCGCAAGAUAAUCCAGUGGAUGGCGAUUGUCGGUGUCUUUGGGCAGAGUGCCCGGCUAUUUGAGGCACAGUUUUGGAAGAGGCGGCUGGAAAUGAUUUUGUGA